CCCUUUCUCUCUCCCAAUGGAGUAACUUUUUGAAACUUUCUAGCUUUCCUCUUUUUCACGAGUAUACUACCCCCGAAAAGGCAGCUUAGGGUUCGGCCUCACGGAUUACGCUCACCUUAUCUGCUAUUCACUUUACUAUCUCUCCGCCCUCAGCUCACUGUUUCCUCACCGUCGUCUUCUCCGCUGUAAUUCAUCAAAUGGGUACUGUCAUCUUGUGUGAUUGAACGCUAGUGGGUCUUCUUCUGUCUGCUUUCGUGGCGAGAAACCUGUGAUUUUGGUGGGUUUGCUUGGGUACUGCCAGAUCACAGCAUUCACUAUGUGCAUUCAUAUUGCUGUGGAUUUCAGAUCACAUUCCUUUAGGUGCACUGAGUUUCAUACCCGUGUGGAUGGCUGUCAAUAGCAGGUUUUGUUGUGGUAACUAGAUCAAUUUCAUUUGAUGUUACUUUAGGGAGGGGAAUUGUUGGGAUACUGAUGGAGGAUAUAGGACUCUUUAACCAAGCAUGGAAAUGGCUGCAAUCCCAGAAACAUUGCUGUUCCAGAGUGAAAACUGCAUUAGUCUGUUGCACAGACAGAAUGGCCGUUCUUAUGGAGCGGCAUUGGCCAAUGGUGUGCGAUGGGUGUGUGAAAGUGGGCAGGUUCUCACUCUUGCUACUGAUUUAUUGGAAAAACUGUGCUGUGAGAGGUUUUCAGUGCACUGUCAAACUGGGUUCCGCUUCAUUGUUUGUUAUAAUGUGGAGUUUCUUCCUUAGUUUGACUUCUAUGUCAUGCUUGGUUUAUGUGCUUCUGAGUAUGGGUGCUGCUGGAGCUGCUGUUCAAUACUUGGGUUACACUCCUGGGCUGUUUAUUGUUGGGUUGUUUGGUAUAUUGAUAUUAUGGAUGUAUGCUAACUUUUGGAUAACAGGCACAUUGUUUAUAGUGGGAGGUUAUUUGAUCUCCUUAAAUCAUGCAAGGUUGAUAGUCUUGACAGCAACAGCAUAUUCUAUUUAUUUUGUCAAAGUUCGUGUUGGAUGGCUUGGCGUUUUCCUCUCAAUAAACCUUGCAUUUUUUUCUAAUGAUGUUUUAAAUUAUUUGCUCCAAUUGUGCGACAAUGUGAGAGAGAGUACACCAUAUGAAGAGCCAAAGGAAUCAAAAAAUGUUAUGGAAGAUGAGUUUUCUGCUGAAUGUGAAUACUCGGUUCCCAUUGAUGAGUCUGAGAAGGUGCAGUCAUGCAAAUCAUCUAGCAAACCUGCCGCUACUUCAUCUGUUAUCAGGCAAACAGACAUUUCUGUGAACAAGGUGGCUAAAGAAGAGGGAAGUUCAGCUGAUGAGAUGAAAAGAAUAUUGAAUAGUGUGGACCAUUAUGAAGCACUAGGGUUUCCUCGCCACAAAAAAAUUGAUGCUGCUAUAUUGAAAAGAGAAUACCGUAAAAAGGCCAUGCUUGUCCAUCCUGAUAAAAAUAUGGGAAGUCCUUUGGCAAGUGAAUCAUUUAAGAAACUUCAAUGUGCUUAUGAGGUUCUUUCUGAUUCUAUCAAGAAGAGAGAGUAUGAUGAGCAACUGAGUAAGGAAGAAUCGAGGACUAAGAGUGUUUGUCAAAAGUCCAAUGGUAAUUCAUGGCAGCAUGGUCAAGAUCAUUGCUCUGAAGAGUCAAGACGUAUACAGUGCACAAAGUGUGGUAAUUCACAUAUAUGGGUGUGCACCAACAGAAACAAAGCCAAGGCUAGAUGGUGUCAGGAUUGCCGUCAAUAUCAUCAAGCCAAGGAUGGUGAUGGAUGGGUUGAAUACAAAGGAUCCUUGGUAUUUGAUAAGCCCCAAAAGGUGGAGAUACCACGUGCAUUCGUUUGUGCUGAGAGCAGGAUCUUUGAUGUGUCAGAAUGGGCUAUCUGUCAGGGAAUGGCAUGUAGACCCAACACCCAUCGGCCAAGCUUCCAUGUAAACAUGGUUGGGUUGGAGAAAACCCAAAGAUCCAACUCAAGCAGAUACCCCUGGGAUUUGGAUGCUGAGAUGAUAGAUGAAGAUGAAGAAGAAUUUGAGUUGUGGCUUCAGCAGGCACUGGCCUCUGGCCUCUUCUGCGAACCCUCCAAACGCAGAAAAAGUUGGAGUCCGUUUAAGUUAAAUCAGAAGAAAGGAAAGAAGCAAUGGCGAAGAUCUUCUACCUAAAUGACUCAAUGAAAGAUGUUUUUGGGAAGAUUCUUAUUGCUCAACCCAGAGCAAAAAAAAUUCAACAAUACUUUCACUGGUUGAAGUGUAUGAAAUGGGUAUGGAAAAAAAAAAAAAAAAUCAAAAUUCAGGAAUGGAUGGGUUGAAAAGGGUUAUGGGCAGGUGACAAUUUAUGGAACAGAUGAGAUUGAAAACGGAACUACUGGGAGAGUUAGGACUGUAUGAUCUCAUCAAGUAAUGGUUGCGGUAAUGGAAACACAAAAAUUUGAAGGGGAAAUAACAUGUAUUAGUCUUUCCUGUAGGUAGAUCUGGAAUGAAUCGGUUUCGUUUAGUUCAAUUCCCUGCCCUUUGUCUCUCAAGGCAGUGGAGAACAAAACUGAUCUUCCUUGUAUAUCAUUGUCUUAAUGAAACCUUCUGUAGCUGUUUUGUCAUUAAAAAUGUUAAUUCUUCUUAGCUUGUUUUCUGGUAAUCCUAUAGCAUUAACACUUCGUUUAGCUUGUUUUGCAGUAUGGACUGAUCUAGACUGUAAAAUAAGAAUCAACAUUCAAU